AUGUCGACGCCUACCUCCGUCGAUAAACUGGGCCACAGGGCCCAACGCCCUCCUGACCAGGCCGAUACCAACCCUGGAUCACCCUACAACAAAGCCCUCCCAGAUGAGGCACAUAACAAACAAGUCUUCAACAACGACUCUAUCCCGGCCUCAGGCCCAGAUGCAUCCGAGUCGCCGGCUGGCCCCGUUUUCUCCCCCUCCAUCUCUCACACCUCAGACACCUCCUCAACCUCCUCACCUCUCUCGUCCUCCUUCGAAAAUAACCCAAGGGAGAACUCUUCAUCAUCUUCCAACUACGACUCCGAAUCCUCCACUGAGGGGGCAGAGGCUCGCUCGAAGAAGAUCGCCGACUAUGUGACUGUCGGCGAGCAAAUCGCCGGCAGGAAAGAUGAGAACGAGGACGCGCCAAAGGGCACGUCCCUAAUGGACUUCGAAAACAGGACACUAGACUACUCCGUGAGCGCAGAGAAAGACAAGAGGUUGGAGGACACGCGCACCGCAACAACCGCCACAGGCUCGCGGCACACCCCGCGCUCGAUCGACACGUGCCUUGGGUCGGGCUGGGGACCUGGCGACGCCCUUCCAAACCGCACCUUCGCCAACGGGUACAUCCGCGUGGCCAAAUCGCCCCUCCAGGGCUAUGGAGCCUUCGCGGCGACCGACAUCAAGGAGGGCACCCGAAUCCUACUGGAAGAGCCCCUGCUGCGUGUGAACGGCCUGGGGAAGCUCCGCGCGGAGCACGCACUACUGGACGGCGAGAAGAGGGCCAUCUACGACGGCCUGGUCGGGUACCACAAGCACGAGGCAUGCCCGGUGCUCCAGAAAUGGAGCGCGAACCAGUUCGACUUGGCCGCGGGUUGCAACGGGGUAUUCGCGAUAGCCUCCAACUUCAACCAUGCGUGCAAGUCCCAGAGGAACACACACUACUACUGGGACUACCGCCGGGAGGCGAUGACCUUCAUGGCUAUCAAGGACAUCAAGCAGGGGGACGAGGUGUUGAUCUCGUACUGCGAUUAUCGGCACAUGCUGAAGGCCGUGUACGGGUUUGUCUGCCAUUGCGGCGGCUGCGACCACCAGGCGGCCGACCUGGCUCCUAAGGUGCGGUUCUAG